UCAAUAGACAAUUUAUUUUUGAUGACAGUUGUUGUUCGUGCGCGUUUGCAUUGCAAGUAGUUGGUUUUGAAAGUUGUCAAAAAAGUAGAAUAGCAAGGCAACGGAACGUAAUCUCAUACAACGAAUUGAGUCCAUUCUUAGAAUUCUCCAUGUUGAGUUGCCGGAAUCAGUUAGGAAAAGCAUUCUUGUGUUAUUCAUUUGAAAAAUACUAAGAUAAGUUGCCCCUUAACAAUAGCUGCACGGCAUUGCAAGAUUUAAAAAUUACUUCCGAUGAUCACGCGUAGUACUUGUCGAAACGUUUAGAACAAAUUACGUUUACUUUUUACGGAGUGUCAAUUGUUUUGUGUUUUACUAAAGUUACACGAUUUCACCACAAAAAUGUGCGUUGAGUUUUGUUCUAGGAAGAAACCCUUGCUGUUGAUGGGUAAGGUGGAAUCAAUUGACAUAAAGAAACUUUGCAUUAUUUAAGUCCUUACAAAAUUCAAUCCAUUCUGCACCACUUCUGCACCCAUGGCACCCAUUGAGUUCUUUUAUAACUCAAUGUGAGACCUUACCACCCUCACCCAUUGCCCUCACCUCAAUACCUGACGUCAUAAUGUAAUGGGAACUACCGCUGAAUGAGCCUGCAAGACAAAACAUGGUGGAUGAAAAUGAAAAAAAAGAUAAGUCCCAGGAAAAUGCGCUAAAGUCGCAGAAACAAAUUGAAACAGCGGUCAAAUUUUUGAACAACCCGCGAGUGAGGGAGACACCACUAAGCCAACGAAAGGCAUUUCUUGUCAAAAAAGGCUUAACUGAUGAUGAAAUCCAAAAAGCCAUUGAAAUUUCAGGAAAAGAAGAGAUAGCUAUUCCUCAAAAGUGCGGUGCUGCUCAAGUGUAUGCUCACUAUCCAGUUCAACCUCCACCCAAUUCAUUGAGAUUGCGUGAUUUUUUCUGGGUUGCUCUUCUUGGCGGAGGUGUGGGUUAUCUUCUUGCUCAUUUGGUCAAGAAGUAUCUUCUCCCAUUCAUUAUAAGUGAAACUAAUGAGAGUGACGAGAAAAUUGAUCUACUACAGACCUCAGUGCAUGAACUCAAAGAAAACCUAAGCCAAACAGUCAACAGUAUACAAGGGACUUUGGAAACGGUUCAGAAAAUGCUUCAAGAGCAGCAACAGAAAGUGCAAUCACUGUCUCUUAAUUUUUCUACUUCACAAGCUUGUCUGUCUCAAAGUAUGACAGAAAGUUACUCGUUGACCGAGAUCAAAUCUGAGCUGUCCUCAUUGAAAGGCCUUCUGUUGAACAGACGUCAAUUUCCAUCGCCUGUUGUGCAGUCAUCGCCGUUUCCCAGUAUCCCGGCUUGGCAGAGAAACGAUCCUCAAGUCUCUAGCGAGUCUGGCUCUGACGCAAUUACGCGAGGGAAAGAGCAAAACUCAGGUAUAUUGGAAAUACCUAGUGCCCAGUCUUUUAGUGCAAACUCGAUUGGUGGCAGUUGCGAGAAGACGGAGGAUGAACUGCCUGAUAAAAGCAUCUCGACGAUGUCAUCCGAAAUCGGAUCCUCGGAAAUCACCGAUGCGAGUGAUGUAAAGGAAAGGCUCUCUGAUUCAUAUAUUAAAAUACAAACAUAAAUAUAGUUCUAUCUUGAGUAAUUUAUUAAGGUGCAAAUACAUAAAUUCAACAUCAUUGUUAACUUGCAACUGGGGGAUGAUGAAAAAGAUACGGGAUUUAAACGAUUUUUUCAAAAGGGCAAUGAAAUUGGAGAGUUGGGAAAUUCAAUAUUGUUCUAAGUACUCUUAUGUACUCUGCGAAAGUUUGAUAAUUAAAUCUUUUGAUUGGUCGGUUUGAAUGAGAAGAGUCGACUGAUUUCCACUGAAAA